UGGUAGUAUUUCUUCAACGCCCUUUGAGGCCCCUGGUGUAGGUAAUAAAUAGCUAAACGAUUUACGAAAACACAUACAGACUCACUCUGAAGCAGGAGGAGGACAUGGUGCUGUCUAAACUUACAGGCGUCGUCCUCUCAUUUUUUGCCUUUCCUAUUGAUGAUUGACUAUAGCCCUUUGCUCUUUAGAGUGUUGGAGACUGGAGAGGAGGAGGAGGAGGAGGACGGAUGGAGCUUCAAAUCAAGGUCGCUCAGGCCGUUCACCUCCUAAAUCACGACACCCAGUCAUGUAACCGCGUGGCCGCGAAUCAAUGGCUUGUUCAAUUCCAGCAGAGCGACGCCGCUUGGGAAGUCGCUACUUCCAUUCUCACCUCCGACCACCAUCAGCAAUUUGAUUCGGAUUAUGAAGUGGAGUUUUUUGCAGCUCAGAUUCUCAAGCGAAAGAUCCAAAGUGAAGGAUAUUAUCUACAGUCCGAAGCAAAAGAUGCUUUGCUGAAUGCUCUUCUGUUGGCUGCUCGAAGAUUUAGUGCUGGCCCUUCAAAGCAGCUAUUGACACAAAUCUGCCUUGCUCUCUCCACACUUCUACUUCACGCCGUAGAGCAUGGGAGACCCAUUGAGAAGCUUUUCUACAGUGUGCAGAAUCUGCAAAGUCACGAAGGUGGCCAUAUUGCUGUCCUAGAGAUGCUUACGGUCUUACCGGAAGUCUUUGAGGAUCACAUCACCAAUAACUGCAAAACUUUGACUAUUCGAUAUGAAUAUGAACAACAGCUUCUCUUGCAUACUCCAAUGGUCAUUGAGUUCCUUCUGCAGCAAUCUGAGAAGAGGUUUGGAGGUGGCGUUCAACUUGCUGACACCAAUAAAAAGAUAUUGCGUUGCUUGUUAAGUUGGGUUCGAGCUGGCUGCUUCUCGGAGAUUCCAGCUGCCUCAUUGCCAUCGCAUCCAAUUCUUAAUUUUAUUUUUAAUGCUUUGCAAGUCUUCUCUUCAUUUGAUCUGGCUAUUGAAGUUCUUGUUGAACUUAUGAGUCGAAAUGAGGGUUUGCCACAAGCUUUGUUAAGCAGAAUUGGAUUUCUAAAGGAAGUGCUUCUUCUUCCAGCUCUUAAUACGGGAGAUGAGAAAGUGAUUGCUGGUAUUGCUUGCUUGAUGUCAGAAAUUGGUCAGACAGCACCAUCUUUGAUUUUGAAAGCAAGUCCUGAGGCACUAAUACUCAUGGAUGCUCUAUUGAGUUGUGCUGCUUUUCCAGGUGAAGAUUGGGAAAUUGCUGACUCAACCUUGCAGUUCUGGUCAAGUCUUGCAGGUUGCAUUCUUGGGCAUGAUUUGAGUGGUGGAGGAGAUAGAAAGAAUAUUCAAGAAGUAUUUCUCCCUGCUUACUCAGCUUUACUUGAUGCUCUUCUCUUGCGGGCACAGUCUUUUGGACAGGUGAACGAUUCUAUGUUUAAUGAUGAUGGAGAAACUAUUGAUCUGCCUGAUGGCCUUGUUCAAUUUCGGAUGAAUUUGGUGGAACUUUUGGUUGAUAUCUGUCAGCUUCUAGGCUCUGCUGCAUUUGCUCAAAAGAUCUUUCUUGGGGGAUGGGUGUCUUUCAAUGUGCAGGUACCUUGGAAGGAGGUGGAAGCCAAAUUGUUUGCUCUCAAUGUGGUAGCUGAAGUAGUUCUCAAAGAAGGUGCAAACUUGGAUUUCUCUGUUUUAAUCGAAUUGGUGACAAUUUUGUCCAAUAGAACGUCUGAUGACCUCAAGGGCUUAAUGCUUAUGGUAUAUAAAUCGGUUGCAGACAUUAUUAGUUCCUAUUCAAAGUGGAUAUCUGCUUUCCUGACUAAUGGCAGGCCAUUACUGCUUUUUCUUGCCACAGGGAUUUCAAAACCUUUCUGUUCAAACGCUUCUUCAUGUGCCCUGCGCAAGUUCUGUGAAGAUGCUUGUGCAAUCAUGCAUGAACCUUCAAACUUGGAAAUCUUAAUCUGGAUUGGAGAGAAAUUGGAAGAGAGGCACUUUUCUCUUGAGGACGAGGAAGAAGUAGUUGGUGCAAUCACUUUUGUUGUUGGUUCUGUUCCUAACAAGGAGCUGAAGAAUAAUUUGUUAGUUAGAUUACUUUCUCCAAGCUAUGAAGCUAUUGGAAAGCUUAUCAGUGAAGAACAUAAGCAUUCUUUGAGGCAAGAUCCAGCUAUAUAUACUCGGCUUAUCUACUCUGCUAGAAGAGGACUAUAUAGAAUGGGAAUUGUAUUCAAUCAUCUAGCAACGCAUGUAUCCAAUGGUCCAUCUGUAGACAAUUCUAUUCUUGUGCUACUGGGGGUGUUGUGGCCAGUGCUUGAGAACGUCUUUCAAUCAGAACACAUUGAGAAUUCAAGUUUAUCUGCUGCAGCUUGCAGGGCACUGUCUCAAGCAAUUAAGUCAUCAGCUCAUCACUUUGUGACACUAGUGCCCAAAGUUCUAAAUUGUUUGUCAACAAAUUUCACAUCAUUCCCAAGUCAUGAGUGCUACAUCAGAACAGCUUCUAACAUUAUUGAGGAGUUUGGGAGUAGAGAAGAAUAUGGGCCUCUUUACAUCUGCACUUUUGAGAGAUUUACCUAUACAAGAUCAAUAAUUGCUCUUACGUCUUCAUACAUAUGUGACCAGGAGCCUGAUUUGGUGGAAGCCUAUACUAAUUUUGCAUCUGUAUAUGUCAGAAGCUGUUCCAAGGAAGUAAUAGCUGCCUCUGGCUCUAUUUUUGAAAUAUCCUUCCAGAAGGCUGCUAUAUGUUGUACAGCCAUGCAUCGAGGUGCAGCCUUGGCAGCAAUGUCAUAUAUGUCCUGCUUCUUGGAGGUUGGCCUGACUUCUUUGCUGGAAUGUAAAGCUUCUGUUGCUGAAGAAUCAGUUGAGGCAAUGGCAAUACAAGUCAUAUCUCACAGUGGUGAGGGGCUUGUAUCAAAUCUGGUGUAUGCUUUGCUGGGUAUUUCAGCACUGUCAAGGGUUCACAAGUCUGCAACAAUCUUGCAACAACUGGCUGCGGUGUGCAGUUUAAGUGAAAGAAUGACAUCAAAAGCUGUUCUUUGUUGGGAGUCUUUACAUGGAUGGCUACAUUCUGCAGUGCUGGCUCUACCAGCUGAUUACUUGAAGCAGGGAGAGUCUGAAUCUCUUGUGCCAACUUGGUUGAAGGCCCUCGGUGCUGCAUCUUCAGAAUAUCUUGAGAGUAGAUGCCGUGAUGGAGGAAAGGAUAAUCAUGGGUUAUUAAAUGGGAAAGGGGGAAGAUUUCUCAAACGGCUGGUUCGAGAAUUUGCAGAUAGCCACCGGAAUUGUUCAUACCUAGCAUAAGUUUUGCUCAUAAUUUCAGACCUGGCUAACAUCAUUGACUAUGAAAUCCCUUCCAUUUGCAUGAUUCUCAUUCUUUUGUAGCAUAACCAGUGUAUAGUAUCUCCAAUUUUGUUGAUGCAUUUAGAGAAUUGUAAGUACCUUUUCUCCCA